UUUUAAGGUUAAGAAUGUUAAGAUACAAAAUAUAUUUAAAUUUUUUAUUUAUAAAAAGUUUAUAUUAAUUUGUUGCUCUAUUAAAAAUAUAACGUAAUAAAAAAUAUAAAACAUUUUCCUUGAUGUCCUCAUAACAAUAAACAGGUCAACAGUAUCAACAAAACUACAAUGCAGCAAGCGUGCUCCCAAAAAUGCAGGUCAAUUAAAAUCAGAAAAAUCCCUCACAAUAUUAAAUUGCAAAAUUUCACAUCUAUAACCACCCUACCCACUCAAGCUCGCAUUGUGAUUGCUGGUGCUGGAGUGGUGGCUAAUUCUGUAGCCUAUCAUUUGGUGAAACAUGGCUGGAAUGAUAUUACUGUAAUAGAACAAAACAAAAUUGGUAGUGGAACAUCUCAUUUUGGCUCUGGCAUAUUGGGGUUGUUCAAACCUAUAUUUCACAGAAAUGUUAUUUGGUAUAGUAUAAAUUUGUAUAAGGAUUUGCAAAGAUUGGGACAUAAUGUUGAUUUGAAACAAUGUGGUAGUUUAAAUCUAGCCCAGACAAAUGAUAGACUUAUUGCUCUUAAAAGAAGGGUAGCAUACAAUCUGCCAACUGGCUUGCAUUGUGAGCUACUCAGUCGCAAAGAUAUUCAGAAUAUUCAUCCUUAUUUAAAUAUUGAAGAUUUAGAAGGUGGAGUAUGGGUUCCUGAUGAUGCUGUAAUAAACCCCAAGGCAAUUUGUGAUACUUUAGCCCGUUUGGCACAACAAGGUGGUGCCAAGUAUAUCGAACAUACCACUGUUAACAAAGUAUUAACAAACAACAAUGCUGUUUAUGCAGUUGAAACUAAUAGAGGCACAAUAAAGUGUGAAUAUUUUGUGAAUUGUGCAGGAAUGUGGGCCAGAGAAUUAGGUCUAAAUUGCACACCUAAUGUGAGGAUUCCUGCAUAUCCAGCAGAUCAUUAUUAUGCCACCACUGGACCUUUGGAUAAUGGCCUGCAUGAAUCUCUGCCAAUUAUAAGAGAUUUUGAUGGGUAUACUUACGCAAGAGAAUAUAAAGGUGGAUUAAUGGUUGGGUGGUUUGAGCCUUAUGCUAAACCAGCCUUUGAGAAGGGUAGAGUUCCAAAGGAAUGGGAAAGGUUUAUUAAAAGAGAUGAAAAACAUUUUAAACCCUUAUGGGAAAAUGCGGUGCACAGAUUUCCAAUUUUAAAAAAUUAUGAAAAUCCGAAGCUAGUCAAUUCUCCAGAUAAUUUUACUCCUGAUGGAAGAUGGAUUUUGGGGGAGGCUCCUGAAGUCAAAAAUUAUUUUGCCGCAUGCGGAAUGAAUGGGAAUUCUCUGCAGGGAGCGGGAGGUAUAGGUAAAGCAGUAGCUGAGUGGAUAGUUGAAGGACAACCUAGACAGGAUGUCUUACCCUUUAUCUUACAAAGGUUUCUUAAUGUGCAUAACAGUUGGCAGUACUUAAAAAAAAGAAUUGAGGAAGUGGUAGGAAGACACUAUUCCAUUUACUAUCCCUUUCAAUCCGAGUAUAAAUGUGCACGGGAGCUACGUUGCUCCCCUUUAUACAGCGUGUUGGAAACUAGAGGUGCAGUGUUUGGUAUAAAAAUGGCUUAUGAACGGGCUUUAUAUUUCGAUUCAACUUAUAAAAGAGGUCAACCAAAAGUUCAAAUGCCAUCAGGAACGUUCUUCAAACCAAAGUUUUUCGAGUUUCUUAGAGAAGAGUAUCUUGCUUGCAUUGAGGGUGUUGGUAUAAUUGAUAUGUCAUCAUUUUCAAAGAUUGAGGUCAAGUCGGCCGGUGAUGAAGCACUUCAGUACCUUCAAAAAAUCUCUUCCAAUGAUAUAGAUAUACCAAUGGGUUCAAUUAUACAUACAGGAAUGCAGAAUAUGCGAGGUGGAUAUGAAAAUGACUGUAUGCUGGUUAGACAAAGUCCAAACAGUUUUUUUAUGGUUUCGCCCACAAGUCAACAGACUCGCGUAUAUGAAUGGAUAAAACGCAACCUACCUUCCAAAAAUACAGUACAUGUAAAUGAUGUAACUUCCAUGUACACGGUACUUAACGUAGUUGGACCGAAAUCAACUCAACUUCUGAGUGAAUUAUCUAAUAGCGAUUUAAAAGUACCUCCUUUUUCUUACUUAAAAGUCAACGUGGGUUAUGCUUCAGACGUAAUGGUAAUGUCAUUUACGCACACUGGAGCGCCUGGGUAUUGCCUGUAUAUUCCAUCUGAAUAUGCGCUCCAUGUUUAUUAUAAAUUGAUGACAGUUGGUCGAGAUUAUGGUGUUAGAGAUGUUGGAGUUUUAACGCAACGAUUUAUGCGCCUAGAGCGAUUUAUACCUUUUUGGGCAGAAGAACUAAAUAGUUUUACUACGCCAUUCGAGGCAGGCAAUGAUUGGAGCGUCAGGCUGGAUAAGAAAGAAAAUUUUAUUGGCAAAGAUGCUCUUUUAAUACAAAGUAAGGUUGGAGUAAAAAAGAAGCUAGUGUUUUUCCAUUUCGACAAUAUAGAUCCUGAUGUAGAUAUAUGGCCAUGGGGUGGCGAGCCUCUAUACAGAAACAAUGAAUUUGUAGGAACAAUUACUUCUGCGGGAUUUGGAUUUGGUGCAAAUAAACUGAUAUGUCUUGGUUUUAUUCAUAAGCCGGCCAAAGACAAAAAUAGGAUAGUGACAAAAGACUAUCUUUUAGCUAAAAAUGCUGUAUACGAAGUGGACAUUGCUGGGCAUAGAUUUAGUGCCACGCCAUAUUUACACGCACCAACGCCCAGUGAUCACCAUGACCGGAGAGAUUAUCGCUCUACGGCAAUUUAGUAUUAGGGUGAUGUUUCUGACUAGUAGAUAAGUUUUAGGAGAAAUGAACAGAGGGCUGUAAGUUUGUUGGAUAUUACAUCACUAUUUCACUAAAUAUCAAUAUAGAAAAUACUAUGUCAUACACUAGAUUAUUAAAAAGAAGAAAAUGUACUUAUUCACAUAUAAAAAAGUAAACUUUGUAUUUUUUUUUGUUACGUUUCAAAACAGUUUAUCAAAGUCAAACAAGUAUCAAUUUAAAGUCUUUUUGGAAGCAUCAAAGAGGUACGAAGAAGAUAAGUAGUUUUAUACAUAUAUUCUAAUAUUGGUAGUAAAUUUACGUACGGAAAUGUUGGUUUAUAUUAGUUUUUUUGUUUAAUAAAUAGGGUUUUCUUUUUCAAUGUCAAUAAAAAAUAAAGUUAGGUAGAAUAUUGAAAAGAAGAAAUGAGAUCAGAGGUCGAUAGAUUAAACCUCAGCUCCUGGGUACAUUAAAAAUUCUAUUAUAUCUAAAGUAAAUGAUUGUAUUUGAGAAGUAUUGGACUUAAUAAAAGUUAUUGUUAAAGAUUUUAUAGUCCUACUGUUGGAACCUUUGGUGUGACACUCAAAUUAUGAGACAGUUUUACCACUAACCAAAACACUUUAUUUUUCGACUUUUACUCUCGACACGUGUUUCGCUAACGAUGUAACUGUGAGUUUCGAGAGUAAAAAAUAAAGAGUUUUGGUUCGUGGUAAAACUGUCUUGUAAUUAAAAACUUUAUGUUUAUAUUAUAAAUUGUUAUCUGAAAGAGUGAACUUAAACUCGAUAAAAUAAACAUAAUAAAUAAUUACAAACUCGUCACAACAAUAUGGAUUUUAAUUGAAUAUGUGUAUAGCCUUAAAUCUUAAAAUGAACCGACUUAAGAAUAUAGACAUCUAUUUUUAUAUUAUUUUAAAUGUAAA